UCAGCCUGUGCCAUUUGUUGGUUCAUAACAACGGAUCUGUAGGUGGACAGAGGGGUGACACACGUUGCUGCACUAUAGUUAUCAGACGGUCAGCAAAGUUGCCAGUGACUCUAUUUACUCAGAAGAGUGUUUCGUUUCAAAACUGACAUUUCCCUAAUGGGGACACAAUCCCUUCUCAAGUCAACUGGUUGGGCCCUUUAAACUAUAACCAGAUACACUAGUAACAAGUCGCGUAGUAAAAAAAUCCAAGCUCUACGGAAUUGCAUAUGAGAUACACUCGCUCUAUGCGCAAUAUUAUUUAGUAUGUACCGAUCCGCAACACUGCUGUCAUUAUUUUGAAGCGGUCGCUAAUUUGAGCGCACGUUUCUCAAGGGGCCCGUGAGCUCGUUGAUAGAUUAGACCGGAGUAGAGUUGGAUCUCACGAAUCGGCACCUGCUCAGAGUACGGUGUGCAGAGAGCUACGACACACCAUCCAAUUUCUGUGUGUGUGCAUCAUCACAGGACAGCAUCACUCACUUCUUGAACGUGUGGAGUAGAGAGACGCGACGUCUUAUAGAUUCAUCUCCCAUACUUAUCAUUGUGGGACUGGGUGCAGUCCGGAUACUACCACCACCAUGCCUCGUUCAUUCCUCGUCAAGAAAACUAAGCACACCACCUCAGUGAUUGCAAGGAACAUUUCUAUCGAGGCGUCGACUCCGAUCUCACCGUCUCACUUUGGAGGAGUUAGUGUGCGUCUUAAUAAUGGUUACAUCCAUGACAUUAUCCCAUCACCCACAGCAUCACCACCAGAAACACCCACACGUACAACCAUCCUCGACGAAACGUCAUCCGUUUGCGAAUCAGCGUCCGUUUGCGAAUCCUCAUCCCUAUGCGAUUCGCCCAUAUCUGUGGACCUACUCGAGCAAGUGCAACAGCAACCGGGCCGUUUCCUGAGUCCACCGACCAGUCCCAAUCAGGUAUUUCUGUCGUAUGAUGCUUUCCUCGUAACAGAUGGCCGAUCGAGACGACGUAAUGGGACCACACCAGUGGGUACCAUCGAUCCGAAUCGGCCCAAGUACAGAUGCAACGAGUGCGGUAAGGAGUACGCCACAUCCAGCAAUCUGUCACGACACAAACAAACACACCGAAGUCUGGAGAGCAACCUGGCCAAGAAGUGCGACCUGUGUAAUAAAGUCUACGUCAGUAUGCCCGCCCUGGCCAUGCAUGUGCUGACCCACAACCUCAAACACAAGUGCACGAUGUGCAACAAAUCCUUCAGUCGCCCCUGGCUGUUGCAGGGUCACAUGCGAUCACACACAGGGGAGAAACCAUUUGGGUGCGCUCAUUGUGGUAAAGCGUUCGCCGACCGAUCAAACCUGAGGGCUCACAUGCAAACACAUUCGGCGUUUAAGAAUUACAGAUGUAAGAGAUGUGACAAGACUUUCGCGCUUAAAUCGUACCUGAAUAAACAUUAUGAGUCUGCCUGUUUCAAGACAGACGAGAUGGGAUUGUUGCAGUGUUCGGAUGACUGCGAAGAUUUCCCGAAGAGUCCCGAUUCAUUGGCAUAGGUACUGACACUGUGUGAAGAGCAAAAUGCCGAAUGAGGGCGGAACUUGCCGAACAUUAACGAGUCGGCAUCAACAAACAGUGAAAACUGAAAAAUCGAACAAGUAUUACUGAACUCUUCGUCAAGCCAAGUCCACUUUUUGACGGAAUCUUGCCACUUCACAAAGUCAUGUUCUUCAAUUUUUAUAAAUUAUUAUAAAACACCUGCAUGCACAAAUAGUUUUCCAGUAACCGUAUUUUCCUAAAACUACAUGUUUUAUAAAACUGUAGGGGGAGAGUUAUAUUGGGGUUUAAAGAGUAGUCUUCCAAAGUGUACACUAGUAUCACGUCUACUAAAAAGCAAUGACCUAUUAGUCUCAAACACCAUGUUUUCAUUAUUCUUUUUUUCAAGUCGGUGUUCAUUUAUUUUGUCAUCAUCAGUCGGUUGAGCCAUGUAGAAAUAAUCGGAAGUAAAUUAGACAUUUUUUGUAAGGGUUGGACGUCAAGAAGUGAUCUAGACUGCAUUUCAAGUCGCUUCAUUGCCCAGCCAAAUUGUUCUAUUACGUCUCAUUGGACGUGAAGAUCUCAAUUCACGAUUGCAAGGGGGUAGUCAGACGGAAGAAACAGUACCGUAGUCUCGUUUCCAGUAUGUCUUCUUAUUACAACACCGUCGCAAUCAUUUUCAGAAAAACCAUGAGAUUCAAAAAUUCAUUCGAGCUGAAAAUAGUACAGUGUAGAAUUACUGCAAUAUAAUAGAGAUUUUGUACUAUUAGGGUUAUAUGAAUACCCUUAACAUUCCACAAGUGUAUUAGAUUUUUCUUUACACUACUUCACUAACAAAUGAGCAUAUGGCUAAUUGGAAAUGGCAGGUUUGAAAUUGGAUUCGCGCCAUAUGAGAAAAUGAUGUAUCUUUAUCAAUUGUGCGUCUGCCAACAAUAGAAAGGAUACAAAAAAUCACGCUUAACACAUGUCAUUUAUACCUACAAAAUAUUUUAUUCAUGUGUUAUUUUGUUGAAAGUGCAAUAGUUCAGUUUAAAAUGUAAACCCCUCCAUUGAACCGAGGCAGUAAUAAUUCGUAAUUAAGGAUUGUGUAGCCCGUUAAUAAUCAGGGCCCGAGUUAAAAGCACACACGAUGUCAUGUAAAACCCACUAUUGAAUUGAUGCAGUAAUAGUUCAUGUCUACCCAAUUGAUGAUUGUGUAGCCCAUUCCUAAUCGGGCCCCAAGUUAGAAUAACACAAGCUAGAGAGUAACUGUGUACGUUUGAGGAAUUUCUGUCGGCAGAUGGCAAACGAUUAUAACCAAGGCAGCAAUAACGCUCAUGGAAGUAAAUACAGUUCAAUUUGUGUCAUGAUAAAUUGUGUUCAGGAAAAUUAUGCACUGAUUUAGAAGGAGGUUGUGGGAUAAUGGAGCUCUCAACAGCAGUUAGGUCACCACCUCAUGUUUCAUUUAUUUAUUUAUUUAUUUCUUUUAUUUUAUUCGAAAUCCAACAGUGGAUACUCGCCAUAGGCAUCAUUUAAAAAAUAGAUGACGAUUACAAAAGUACACAACAUGUCCGAAAUGUCUCAUUUGGAUUAAUUUUGUUUUCACUCCCGAUAAUGGCCAGUAUAAGAAUUUAUAUUUUUUGUUUUCUGAAAGUUGUCUUGGAUGUAGGACGAUUUAAGUAUUAAUACAUCUUUAGAUGCUUUCCAUUCAAAGAAAUUAUCAACAAUAUAAAUGAACUUAUCGUAAAGACACAAUUGUUAUCAGUAUUUGAAUGCACUACUGGCUUAUCGUUGUCAGAAGACGGACUUGACUUUUCACAGAUUUAUUUUUUAACCUUCCUUUUUAACCAUUUUAAAGAUGUUUAGGCUGGGAUGUGUGAGACACUCUGGUCCUGCCUUCUUCUGAUCUUCUUAAAAGCAGGCAAAAUGCCCACUCCCGUUUUUUAUCUUGUCUUGACAAUCAUUUCAACGUAUUAUCUUUUUUUUUUAAUGAAAAAGUUGACUUGAAUUACUCCAAAGUUCUUAAAUUAUGACGAUGACAAUUUUGUUUCCACACUGAACUGAUAUUAUGUUAAUGGUUUCUCUCGGGCAAUUACUAUACCAUGUAGAGAUCAUUGUUCACAAAUAAACACAGAGUAUCUAAACACACUCACUGGUGCCUGCCGCAAAAUCACACUCUCACCACCAAACAACUCGAAAUAUAAUUAUAAACACUUGACAAGGAUGGUCACUAAGUACAUCAGUAUUAUCCUGUGAUAUUAUUGACAAUUAUUUAUAAUCAUUUCUACUCAUCACACACGGCAAACACAAGCGUCACCGAGUAAGACUUGCAGUGUGUGUCAAGUCAACAUGUGAACACGCUCUACGACAGCACUUUAACCGGGGUCCCUUGCUAAACUUUACCAUGGUUGUAAAAUGUUACAAGGAUGACAAUUGUUUACAAGGGAACUUGGACAGGAAAUUUGUUUUUCGUCCUUUUUCACACAAAGUACAAUUUUACAACCAACAAUUUAGCAAGGGACCCUUGCUAAUUUACUCUCGUGUGAAAGGGGCUUUAUUUACAUUAAUUGCAUCAUAUUUCCACAUUCGGUUAAUGCAUAUCAAGAGUCCUCUCUCGAAUCUUAAUAAUGCCCGUUUCACACGAGAGCAAUUUAGCGAGGGUCCCUUGCUAAAUUGUAGCAUGGUUGUAAAAUAUUAAAAAAUGCACCUCGUGUGAAAGGACAAUAAUUUUUUUCUACUGUACAAGUUCUUGUCAUACAGUGCUGCAUUUUACAACCAUGCUAAAAAUUAAGCACGGUACCCCAGUUACAUUGCUGUCGUGUGAAUAGCACUUUACAAGUCUAGAAUCACACUGGGGUAUUAAGGGGGUAAUUAAAUAAAACUUAAGGGUUAAAAUGAGAUUGGGAAAAAGGAGUAUCGCCUGGGAUUUUGCUGAUGUCAAGUUGGAACCAUUAUCUGCCUCGUACCCAACGCGCAAGCCGGUGUGAUUAUUACAGGCUGGCGGGGUUGGGUGAUAGGGAUAGCUUUACGUCGAAUCGGAAAUGAGUGAGAUGUGUUGAAUUUGACUUGGAGGGAUUUUUGCGGCUAGCUGGGAGAUCAAGCUUCGGCUGGGGUAUAUCAGUUUUUGCUCUGAGGAUCCUUGAUACCUCACCUGGAGACUAAAACUGAGACAUGACAAAUACUGCAAUCAGGGUUAAAAAAAACUUACUAAUUUAAAAGGAAAUUUAGAAGACGAAAGAAGGGAAGACUAGUAUUACUGGUAUGCAUUCAUAACAUCAAAAUAAUAAUCCAUCUGUUUUGUUUAGCCUAAAGAAAACAAGUUCAUGUCAAUUUGAGUCAAAUAAAAAAUAAAAACAUCUAAUUAUUAUUUCUCAUACAGAAUAUUUCAGAAAAUCAAAAUACUAUUAGCAACCCCCUCUAGGCUAAGUAGAAUGGAUGCAACUUACGGAUGAUAAAUUGUUUUUUAAUAGAGCAUAGGUGCUGCAGGUUUGAGAAGCAGCCAUGAUAUAUUAUGCACUGAUUGGCAAGUGCCAAGUAUAAUCAACAUCUGGUCUUUAGUUAUCAUGAGUGAAAAGUGAUGAAAAACCAGCACUGGGCCAAAUUUCAUAGAGCUGCUUAAGACGAGUAGUUUGCUUACACAUGUUGUGCUUAGCAGAAACUAGCAGGAUUCUAGUCACAAAUUGUGCACGUGAACAUGGGAUUUUGUACGUCAACCUUAUUGUGGUAAGCAUGUCUUUGUUUGGGCUUAGCUACUUUUGUGCUUACGCAGCUAUAUGAAACUGGGCUAUGCGAUAGAAAAAAAAUGAUUAACAUCCUAAAAUAUUUAUUGAUUCAUUGGGGAUUCUUGAUUCAACCAAAUUGUGAUAAAUCAGUUCAUGAUAUUAUCAAAUGUGAAGAUUUAUUUUUGUUUGUUUGUACUCAUUAAGAUAUAAGUGGUAUUCUUGAAAUCGUUGAUGUGGUUUAUUUGGAACUUCAUCACUUAAUUACAAAUGACAGUGCAAUCGUCAAUUAACACAACUUGUUUGUUAUAAAUGUGACCAAUAUACCUAUAAUAUCGUUCAGAUGGUAUCCAUCCAAGUUCCUAUUUUUAUUUUACUGAAAUUUCUUACGGAUGUAUGUAUUUUAUUUAUUACAUUAUGUCAUGUAUUGUUUGAACAUUCCAUAUUUUCCGGAGUCAAUUUGCAUACACAUACACAAACGUGCAGUCGUACACUGUGCAAUAUUUGUUUUGUUCUUUUACAAUGAUUGAUGUUUUUUCUCUAACAAUAAACCAGAGCUCAAUUUAGAAUAACCUCUUGCAAGAAAAUGAAUAUGUUAAUGAGGGAAUAUGCAGUAUGGGUGAAUAUUUUUUUACAAUAGAUCUUGUGGCCACACUUCGGCAGUGACAGACCUUGUAUUUCAUCACUGUAUAAAUAAUUCAUAUGGUAAAUUAUUGAUUUGCUUUAUUUGAGCAGGUUGGCGUAAUUGAACUUUUGGAACUUUAAUUAUUCUACAGUUGGUGGAGUCUGUAUCUGAACGACAAAACAAAUUAUUUGUGCACAGUUGUUGCUAUAAUAUUUACUUCUGUUGUUGUUGUUGUUGUUGUUUUGGUCAUUCCUCAGACUUGCAUGAUCCUUAAAUUUGACGAAAACAAUUUUUCCUGUCAAAAUAUUUUCUUAUUUCACGACAGCAAUUGUUUCAUUCGAUACUUAGUUUCACCAUGUAGUUUUGAUGUGUUAUUUUUCCGAACUGUAAUUUAAACAAUGUGCAAUACGAACAACGGUAGAUAUUCAAUACCAAAAGAUCAAAAACAUAUGUGUAAUGUACAUCCCAGAAUUUCUAAUUUUGAACACAGUAGACUAAAUGUGCAAUGGAUUAAGCAUUUUUAGCUCAAAAUCAAAGUCUGUUUUAACAUUUAGUUGUUGAUUAUGCACAACAGUUAUUUUUCACUGAUCACAGAUGUAUUUAUGGAGAGAGGGGGGGGGGAGGUCUGGAACUAAAAAACCUCCAUUACCUAAUUGAAAUUCAGACCUUGAUCAAACAAUAUCAGCACGGACGAACUCUCGACUUCCCUGCGACAGAUUAACGAUACCCUUGUCAUUAUUUUCCCGCCCAAAAUCCAUCGACAGACUUUGUGUUCGCCUUCACCUUGCCUGGGUCAAAAAUAUGGUUUCACAAUCAGUUGAUAAACGCGGAUUUGUUGCGUGAAGGUUGCCACGCAUCCGAGACCUUCCCAUCAAGUCUCGCCCCAUUUCCGUCUCAAAUGACUCCUACACAAGAAACGAACAAUUUCUUUUGGGAAGAUAAAUCGAGGGCGCGUCUUCAAGACCGUGAAAUUUGCCCUGAUGUAUAAAAAAUAUGCAAGGCCAAAUUUGCAUUUUGCGUACUACAUGCUUUGUCCGUGCAUAGUGGUAUCCUUUAUAUGCAAACAAUGUGUUGAUGUAUUUGCCUCGACUCUGUACAAAAACAUGCACAGUCACAAUUUGCAUUAUGAGCACUGCUAUGAUGAUGGUAUUUAAAUGCACCGGACACUAUUGGUAAUUCCUCAAAAUAAUUGUUAACAUAACAACUUACUUGGUAACAAGCAAUAGAGAGCU